AUAUUCCUUUAACUACCAAACGAAUUACCCAACAAAAUACAAGAAGAAACAAAGACGGAUACCCACUAUCCAACACCUAGAAACAGAGACACACCAAAAGAUACCCAUCUGUUCUUCUCCUCUAAAAAAUAAAAAUAACACAUCAAAGAUUCAAUCAAAUUUCUCAAAAGAAAUUUGAGAAACAUUGGUGACAAUGGAGGGUGGUGAUAAUAUACUGAGAGUGAGUAGUGCUCGUUUGAGUAGUUCCAACAUAUGGAGGAACAGCGGGAGAGAAGUUUUCUCAAAAUCUUUUCACGAUGAAGACGACGAAGAUGCUCUGAAAUGGGCUGCUCUGGAAAAAUUACCCACUUAUCAGAGGAUUCAGAGAGGUAUUCUGACUGAAGAACAAGGCCAUGCGAGAGAGAUUGACAUCAAAAAUCUUGGAGUGGUGGAGAGAAAGAAUCUGUUGGAGAGGCUCGUGAAAAUCGCAGAGGAUGACAAUGAGAAGUUCUUGUUGAAGCUCAAGAAACGCAUUGACAGAGUUGGGAUUGAUCUUCCCACCAUUGAAGUCCGGUUCGAGCAUUUGAAUGUCGAUGCAGAAGCUUAUGUUGGUGGUAGAGCACUUCCAACAAUUCUCAACUUUUCCAUUAAUCUUUUUGAGGUGAAUUUUCUCAAUUAG